UUGACAGACGGCCAGCACGGCGACCCAGCUGCCUUUUCUGUCAACGUCACCUGCAACACUCGACGUAAAAAAAGCAGUUUGAAGCAGCCCACGGAAUUGAAAGCCUCGCCAUGGCACCUGGUUUUCCUUAUGUACACCUCGUUAAAAAUGGUAUGGUAUUCGUAUCCUCAAUCUCCACCUCCAUCCGCCACCACAAUACUUCCCUUUUUUCCGCCCGUGACGGUUUGCUGCCAAUACUUCCCUUUUCGCAUCCCAAUUCCGCCGGAGGAGGAGAAAGAGAUCCCUUUUCACCCUCUUCUCUUUUGAGGAAUCGAAAGUGAAUACCUUUGGCAACUUUAUGUGUGUUUUGUGCAAAAACCUCCGUCUCCGAUCCACCCAAACGCGGGCUGUUCACGUUUGUUGCAGUUUUCGCGCUGUGGCAUUCCGUGACCCCGUAAAGUUAGGCUUUUGAUCGCGUCCGGGGUUUCGGAGGAGGCUGUGCCAGUGGCAGAAAAAUCCGACGCUGGCUCCGAUGCCGAGUGCUGUGCAGAGGCUGUUUGAUACCUGCAAGGAUGUGUUUGCUGAUGUCGGAUCAGGGGCCGUCCCGUCGCCGGCUGAUGUGGAGCGCCUUCGAUCCGUCCUGGAUACUUUAAAGCCACAAGAUGUUGGUCUAAGUCGCAACCUACCCCUUUUCAAGCAUGCCUCAACAAAUAGACCUCCUGCUGUAACAUAUUUGCACCUUUCUGCAUUCCCCAAUUUUUCGAUUGGUAUUUUUUUGCCUCCCACGAACAGCAGUCAUCCCGCUACAUAAUCACCCGGGCAUGACUGUUUUUAGUAAAAUUCUUGUUGGCUCCAUGCAUAUUAAGUCCUACGAUUGGGUUACUGAUCCUCAGAGUCCCAACGAAAAAAUCAUGUCCCCAAGUGGUGUGUGCUCUGUCGGAAUGUUCAGUUAGUACUAAGUGCCUAGCAAGCAUAAGCCUCUCCGACUUGUUUUGAUGAUUUUGACUAGUUGUUGCUCGGGAAAUCUGCAGGUGCAUGCUUGGCAAAGGUGAACACUGAUGCCGUCUUCAAGGCACCUUGUGAGACAUCCGUUUUAUACCCUACUACUGGGGGUAACAUACAUCGUUUCACUGCAGUGACCCCUUGUGCAGUUCUUGAUGUCCUUGUACCACCAUACAAUGACAAUGAAGGAAGAGCCUGCACUUAUUACGAAGAGCAUGCAUACUUGAGUUUUCCUGGUAUUUGCUCCUCUUGUUGGCAAUAAGCUUUAGUCGAUUUGCUGUCCUAUAGUUUCACUAUUAAAUUAUAAAAAUAUGCAAUAAAGUUAACAGUACAGAAAAAGAAAAGGAAAAGGAGAUCGUUUGUCUGUUUAUUAUCCAAAUUCAUUUAUUCUUUGAGUUGUUUGCAAUGAAAGCUUCUUCAGAUAUUUACCUCUUACCCAUAUAAUCUUGGAAAGGUUUCAUUAUUUUUCAAUGCAAUAGAUAAGCUGAAUCAGAAAUUGUUUUGGUUUUUGGUCGCUCUAAACCUUCAGAAGACCCAUCUCAUGUUGAGCAUCUACGUGCAUGGCGUAUAAGCUUCUUGCCUAAAGGAAUAAAUAUUAGUUUCUGAUUGUCAUUCCAGUCUAACAGAUUUAGCAGAUGUGGUCUCACUAGCUGCCUUUUAGUUGCUGCAGUCCCAGGGGCAGGCGAUGGUGACUACGUGUGGCUGGAAGCUAUGGCGAGUGAACCCGAAGAACUUGUCGUACGCGGUAGCCAAUACACAGGACCAGAAAUUGUAGAGUACUGACCUCUUAAAAUGCUAUGAUGCUGCAAAUUUUGCAGAAAAGCAAACAAGACUUGCUGGGUUGCAUGUAAAUACACAGAAAGCAAAGGAAUUUGAGGCAAUAAAAGGGACAUGAGUAAGGGUGCCUUCUCUAUUCAAAAAGUCUUUGGUUUCUUCGAUAGAUCUUUAACAUAAAAACACAUCCACAAUGUGCCUUCAAGUUUGUUUAUAGCCAAUUUGUUUUUAUAUAGAAUUUCUCCAUUCUCCUUUUCGAUACUGAGUAGCGGACAGUCCUGGGAAUUUAAGAUUAGUUUGCUACUGCCAUUUUGGCAUAGCCAUUGAUUUUAACAGGAGUUCUAUUUCUCUAAUCACUUGUAUCCAUGACAUAUUUCAUGGUUUCUAAAAACAACCAAGUGUGGUGCUAGAAAUGUAGAUUGUUAUGUGCAGAAUUCAGGUCAUAUCAACAAAAAAAACACACUGAAGUUGAAUUGCAGCCCUGAGAUGAUCUUCCAUUAAGUCU